AUGGGUAACGGAGCCAAGGCUGCGCAAAAGCGCGAGCGUAAUGCGAAGGACAACAAGGUCGCCAAAUCGCAGCUGAAGUCUAACGUCAAGGCUAUGGAUAUCCAGUGCAAUAUUUGCAAAUCGACCUUCCUGAAGACGACCCGUGCGCCUCAGCUCACCGAACACGCCGUGAACAAGCACAGCAAGAGCAUUGCCGAAUGCUUCCCCACCUACGAAGUCCCCGCCGGCGGAAAAUAG